AUGCCGUGCGACAGCCAAGCGUCCCAGCACUUUUUCCACAAAUAUCACCCAUCUUUCCAGGGUCAAGCGCCCGAGCUGGCGACAAAACGCACAGGCUUUGGGCUCCGUCAACGCUCUCCUAGUGUGGACGACCCCCAGGCAGACAGGUUGAUUGCUAAUGGUUUCUAUGUGACAUGGGGAGCGUCUGAGGGGGCUGUGAUCACUCCUGGCCAGUCUCUGCCUCCUCAUGGCAAACAACUGGGACGCCUGGACUCUACUGAUUUAAAACAAGUUAUACAGAAGGGAGUCGUGCUGUACAGUCGAGAUAACAGGGAGCUGGAUCUUCUCCUGUUCUGGGAAGUGUGCGACUUUGUGUCCAGGGUAGAUCGGGUCCUAAGCAGACCUGGUGGGUCUCUGCUUUUGGCAGGGCGCAGCGGAGUGGGUCGGCACACAGCCACAUGCCUAGUGUCACACAUGCACGGAUACACGUUGUUUACUCCAAAAAUCUCCCGUGGUUACACCCUGAAGCAUUUCAACAGUGAUCUCAAGACGGUGAUGCAGCUGGCAGGUCUGGAGGGCCAACAGGUGGUUUUACUAUUAGAGGACUAUCAGUUUGUCCACCCAGCUUUCUUAGAGAUGGUGAACAGCCUGCUGUCAUCAGGUGAAGUUCCAGGUCUAUAUACCCCUGAGGAACUGGAGCCACUCCUCUCGUCACUGAAAGAUGGUGCUUCCCAGGAUGGAUUCACCGGACCUCUCUACAACUAUUUCUCUCACAGAAUCCAGCAGAACCUCCACAUUGUUCUGAUCAUGGACUCCUCCAACCCUAACUUCACCAUCAACUGUGAGAGCAACCCAGCUUUUUACCGCAAGUGCUCUGUCCAGUGGAUGGAAGGAUGGUCUGAAAGCAGCAUGAAAAAGAUACCUGAGCUGUUGUUGGCAAAAACUGAGCAGGGAGGGGAGGAGACCGAAAGAGAAAAGGGCAGCAAGAGGAAAAGCUCAGGAGGGUCUGGGCAGGGGGAUCUGUGCCGAUUGUUCUUGAUGGUCCAUGAGUCAUGCCGCGAACACGGUGCAACACCGAGCAAGUACAUGGCCUUUCUGCAUGUUUACACCGCAUUAUACAGUCGGAAGCAAAAGCAGCUUACUACAAGACAGCAGCAUCUGCAGGCAGGCGUUUCUAAGCUGAAUGAAGCUAAAACAUUGGUUGAUGAACUAAAGAGGCGGGCUGCAGAGCAGAGCGAACUGCUGAGGACUAAACAACAGGAGGCAGAUUCUGCCCUGCAGGAAAUCACAACCUCCAUGCAGAAUGCCAGUGACCAGAAGGCAGAGAUGGAAAAAUUGAAAGGGAAAAUGGCUCAAGAAGUGUCCAAAAUUGAAGAGAGAAAAGCCAAAAUCGACGACGAGCUGAAAGAAGUACAGCCUUUGGUAGAUGAAGCAAAGCGUGCAGUUGGAAACAUCAAGCCUGAAGCGCUGUCUGAGAUCCGCUCCCUCCGCAUGCCUCCCGAUGUCAUCAGAGACAUCCUGGAGGGGGUACUGAGGCUGAUGGGCAUCUUUGACACCUCCUGGGUCAGCAUGAAGAGCUUUCUAGCUAAACGUGGUGUGAGGGAGGACAUAGCUACAUUUGAAGCCAGGAACAUCACUCCUGAGAUUCGCCAGAGUGUGGAAGAGCUACUCAACAGGAACAGGGCUUCUUUCGACCCUAAGAAUGCAAAGCGUGCAAGUGCAGCAGCUGCUCCUCUGGCUGCCUGGGUCAAAGCCAAUGUCCAAUACUCCCGCGUCCUAGAGAGGAUAGAGCCACUGGAAAGAGAACAGGCUGGACUUUUGGAAAACCUGAGGAAGACUGAGAGUAGGAAGAAUAAACUAGAAGACCAGCUCAGCACUGUUGGAGCCAAAGUCAAUGAGUUGAAAGAGAAGUUUCAGUGUCACACUGCAGAGGCAGCUAAGUUGGAGGCCGAUGUGUCAAAAGCUCAGGACACGAUCACUGCUGCCCAGCAGCUUAUAUCACAACUGGACGGAGAACACACACGCUGGAAUGCACAGAUGUCCGAGAUAAAGAAUGAGUUGGAUACGCUCCCUGUUAGAGCCUUGCUUGCGGCAGCCUUCAUCACCUACCUGUCUGCAGCUUCGGAAGACCGUAGACGACAGUGUCUGGACUCGUGGAUGGCUCACUCUGGACUACAGAAGUUUGACUUGCGAUCAUUCCUGUGCUCGGAGAGUGAACAGUUGAUCUGGAAGAGUCAAGGGCUGCCAUCAGAUGAUCUCUCAAUGGAGAAUGCACUGGUUAUACUGCAGAUCAAUGCACUCAAGUUGAAGAGUGUUGCGUGUCCAUUCCUGAUCGACCCAUCAUCCCGAGCUACAGAGUGGCUAUGUACACAUCUCAAACAGCACAGAUUAGAGGUUAUCAACCAGCAGGAUAAUAACUUCAUGACAUCCCUAGAGCUGGCAGUCAGAUUUGGAAAAACCCUUAUCAUCCAAGAGAUGGAUGGAGUUGAACCUGUGCUCUAUCCGCUGCUGAGGAGAGACCUAAUAGCACAGGGUCCUAGAUAUGUGGUCCAGAUAGGAGACAAGGUUAUUGAUUACAAUGAGGACUUCCGUCUCUUCCUGGCAACACGGAAUCCCAGUCCCUUCAUCCCUCCUGAUGCCGUCUCAGUGGUUACUGAGGUCAACUUCACAACAACUAGGGCAGGCUUGCGGGGACAGUUGCUAGCCUUGACCAUCCAGCAAGAAAAGCCAGAGCUGGAGACUGAGAAAACAAGGCUACUACAACAAGAGGAAGACAAGAAGAUACAGCUGGCUCAGCUGGAAGAAUCAUUAUUGGAGACCUUGGCUACAGCUCAGGGGAAUAUUCUGGAGAACAGGGAGCUAAUAGACAGCCUAAACCAGACCAAAGCAAGCAGCGCCCUAAUCCAGGAGUCACUACUGGAAUCACAUAGGCUGCAGGCUUCCUUGGACCAGGAACGGGAUGCCUACCUGCCUCUUGCAGAGAGUGCUAGCAAGAUGUAUUUUGUUAUCACAGACCUGUCAAAGAUCAACAACAUGUACCGCUUCAGCCUCGCCUCUUUUCUGCGCCUCUUCCAAAGAGCUCUUCAGGCCAAGAAGGAAGAAGAGAAUACUGAUGCCAGGAUUGCGGCAUUAGGAGCCAACUUGAAGAAUAUGGUUUAUGAGUAUGUCUGUCGGUCUCUUUUCAAGGCUGACCAGUUGAUGUUUGCUAUACACUUUGUGAAAGGCAUGUACCCCGAACUCUUCCUCGAGAACGAAUGGGAUGUCUUUACUGGGUCCAUCGUAGGAGAAAUGUUUAAGAAAGAGGAGUUCCCUUCUUGGAUUGAUCAGGAGAGGCACGGAGCAGUGGCCAUUUUAAAAGCUACGUUCCCGGCUCUCUACCAGACCCUCUGUUUAAGUGACUCAGACCUUUGGCUGUCCUUCUUGCAGAGCUCGCACUGUGAACAAGAAAUCCCAUCUUCCAUUGCCAAGAAGAUUACUCCCUUCCAACAGCUGUUAUUGGUUCAGGCUGUCAGACCAGACCGGCUGCAGAGUGCCAUGACUUGUUUUGCAUCUCAAACCCUAGCUAUGAAAGAGCUCUCACCCCCUCCUCUGAAUCUGCGGCGUCUCUACACCGAGACAAUGGAAUGGGAGCCAGUGUUGAUCAUCAUCUCUCCAGGGGCAGACCCUUCCCAGGAGCUCGCAGAACUAGCAGCCGAAACUGUUGGCAGGGACAAUUAUCAUGAGAUCUCCAUGGGUCAGGGGCAGGCUGAUGUAGCCUUAGCUACACUCAGAGAAUGCUCCCGAAAUGGAGACUGGCUUUGCCUGAAAAACCUUCACCUUGUCACCGCAUGGCUUCCCCUCCUGGAAAAAGAGCUAAAUGUGCUACGGCCCAAAGCAGGCUUCCGUCUUUGGCUGACAGCAGAAGUUCACCCCAGAUUUCCCCCCAUUCUGCUGCAGUCCAGCCUUAAGAUCACUUAUGAGGAUCCUCCUGGAUUAAAGAAGAAUUUGCUGAGGACAUAUGAGUCCUGGACUCCAGAGCAGAUCAGUAAAGGAGGUAUUCUGGCCAGAGCCCAGUCUCUUUUCUGUCUGGGUUGGUUCCAUGCCGUCUGUCAAGAGAGACGAAACUACAUCCCACAGGGCUGGACAAAGUUCUAUGAGUUUUCCUUGUCAGACCUUCGUGCUGGCUUUGAGAUUAUCGACAGGCUUUUUGAAGGUGGUAAACAAUUUCAGUGGGAGUUUGUCCAUGGUCUGUUGGAGAAUGCUAUCUAUGGGGGACGUAUUGACAACCCGUCUGACCUCCGCAUCUUGCGCUCCUACCUUGAGCAGUUCUUUUCCGCACGUCUCCUUUCAUCCUCCCACUCUGCUGGACAGAGAAAAAGCAGAGGAGGAUUCUUUCCACCUCAGAUAAGCCUCCCAAACUCUUGUGCCAUAUUGGACUACCGCAGAGUAAUAGAGAAUCUCCCAGAGGAUGACAGGCCAGCAUUCUUUGGUCUGCCUGCCAACAUAGCGAGAUCCUCCCAGAGAAUCGUCAGCUCCCAGGUAAUUUCUCAACUGCGCAUCCUGAGUCGCUCAGUCGCAACAGGUUCAAAGUUUGACAGGGAGCUCUGGUCAAAUGGACUGUCACCUAUCCUGAACUUAUGGAAGAAACUCAACCAGGGCUCUACACUAAUCCACCAGAAGGUGGACCCACCUACAGAGAGUCAGAAAUCACCAGUCCUUUCAUUCAUUUCUCUGGAACAGUUCAAUGCCAUCCGCUUGGUCCAGAGUAUACACCAGUCUCUGGCCGCACUGAGCAAGGUCAUCCGAGGGACUCAACUGUUAACUCCAGAAGUCCAGAAACUGGCCACUGCCCUACUAAAUCAAGAGUGUCCUUUAACAUGGCAGAAUAAAUGGGAGGGACCAGAGGAGCCAAUGCAGUACCUCAGAGCAGUCGUAACACGGGCCCUCGCCAUACAGAGUUGGGUGGAACAUGCAAAUAGACAGGCACUCCUGUCAGACAUCCUAGAUCUAUCUGAGCUAUUUCACCCUGAUACCUUUCUUAAUGCUUUGAGACAGGAAACUGCCAGGACCAUGUCCUGUUCUAUGGAUAGUUUGGUGUUUGUUUCGUCAUGGAGGAGUCCAAUUGCACAAGCAAAACUACAAGUAAAGAUUGGAGGUCUCCAGUUGGAGGGUUGCAGUUUUGAUGGUGUCCAUCUUUGUGAGAACCAGCAUGAUUCUCCCAGCGUGUCAGCUGUCCCUACGUGCUACAUGGCCUGGGUUCCACAGAACUCUGUUGCUGCCUGCACUGCAGCAGAGGAGAGUAUCUGUCUGCCUCUCUAUACCAGCUCUGAGAGGGUGAAGGUGGUCACGCACAUCUCUCUGCCCUGUGGAGCGAACCCCAACCAGUGGAUACAGUGUGGAGCUGCUCUUUUUCUCAAACAGCAGUAAGAGGACGGGAUCUGGUUGUGGCGAGAGUCACAGAGAGAAAAAGGAUUUUCUGUGCUCAGUAUCUGACCAGGGCAACAAAUAAACCAGAUGGAUUGUUAGCA